AUGGGGGACUCCUCCUGCGCACAGUCCUGGCCGCCCUUGAGGAGGCGCGGCGGGGAAAGGAGCCCGCGCAGGCACGGUCAAGGCGGGGGGGCCCAGAGCACCUUCCGUAGGAGGACCGGCGGCGGGAGAGCGCCUUCGGGGCUGAUCAAGGCGGGCCACUUCGACGAGCGCUACGUGCUGUCCUCGCGGGUGCGGACGGGACGGAGCAUCCGCGGCCUGAGCAUGCCGCCGGCCUGCACGCGGGCUGAACGCCGGGAGGUGGAGCGGGUGGCCAGCGACGCCCUGGGCGGCCUGGCCGGGGACCUGGCCGGCAAGUACUACCGCCUCAGCGACAUGACCGAGAAGGAGCAGCAGCAGCUCAUCGACCUGGACUUCCCCCUGCCGGAGCUCAUCCUGGCGCUGGGCUUCCUGCUGGUGCUGGUGACUGAGCACGUCGUCUUGGACUGCAGCGAGCCACCCGGAGACGAGGCCACGCUCCUGCUCCCGCCGGGCCUGGAAGAGCAGGAGGGCUCCCGGCGGCGCCCCUCUCGGUUCCGCUCCCUGGUGCUGACGCUGGCCCUCUCCCUGCACUCCGUCUUCGAGGGCCUGGCCGUCGGCCUGCAGGACUCCCCCGGCAGAGUGCUGCAGCUGGCGGGGGCCAUCCUGCUCCUGGGCCUGCUGCUGCUCCAGAGCCGCCUCCCCCUGCGCUGGCUGGCCACCGCGCUGGGCACCUUCGUGCUCAUGUCUCCGCUGGGGGUCGGCCUGGGCAUGGCCGUGAUGCACGGCUCUGGCCCCGGCAGCACCACUGCACGGAGCCUGCUGCAAGGCAUGGCCGCCGGGACCUUCAUGUACGUCACCUUCCUGGAGAUCCUGCCCCAGGAGCUGAGCUCCCCUGCCGGCCGCCUGCCCAACGUCCUCGCUGUGCUGCUGGGGUUCUCCGGCGUGGCCGGCCUGCGCCUCCUGGGCUGAGGCUGUCCCAGG